GCGCGGCGGUGACGAGCGGCCCCGGGACGGGCAGCGAGCGCGACGCCGAGCCGGCCUCCGGCGCCCGCGGCCCCGCCAUGGACGACCUCGACGCCCUGCUGGCAGACUUGGAGUCCACGACCUCCCACAUCUCCAAACGGCCUGUGUUCUUGUCUGAGGAGACCCCCUACUCGUACCCAACAGGAAACCACACAUACCAGGAGAUUGCCGUGCCACCCCCUGUCCCUCCACCCCCGUCCAGCGAGGCCCUCAAUGGCACGGUCCUUGACCCCUUAGACCAGUGGCAGCCCAGCACCUCCCGAUUCAUCCACCAGCAGCCUCCAUCCCCGUCCCCCGUGUACGGCUCCAGUGCUAAAACUUCCAGUGCCUCCAACCCCCAGGACGGCGUCGGCCUUCCGUGUCCCCGAGCCGGCGAGGAAGAGCACGUGUACAGCUUCCCCAACAAGCAGAAGUCGGCUGAGCCUUCACCCACUGUCAUGAGCUCCUCCUUGGGCAGCAACCUUUCUGAACUCGACCGCCUGCUGCUGGAGCUGAACGCCGUGCAGCAUAACCCCCCAGGCUACCCUGCAGAUGAGGCCAACUCAAGCCCCCCACUGCCUGGGGCUCUGAGCCCCCACUACGGCAUCCCGGAGAAUAACAGCCCGCUGGGGGGCAAAGUUGGGCCACUGACCAAAGAGAAGCCCAAGCGGAACGGAGGCCGGGGCCUGGAGGACGUGCGGCCCAGUGUGGAGAGUCUCUUGGAUGAGCUGGAGAGCUCUGUGCCCAGCCCCGUCCCCGCCAUCACUGUGAACCAGGGCGAGAUGAGCAGCCCCCAGCGAGUCACCUCCAGCCAGCAGCAGACACGCAUCUCCGCCUCUUCUGCCACCAGGGAGCUGGACGAGCUGAUGGCCUCGCUGUCGGAUUUUAAGAUCCAGGGCCUGGAACAAAGAGCGGACGGAGAGCUGUGCUGGGCGGCCGGCUGGCCUCCGAACGCCAGCCAGAGCAGCCCUGAAGGGCAGGACGAGGGAGGGUUCAUGGCCCAGGGGAAGACAGGGAGCAGCUCUCCCCCGGGAGGGCCCCCAAAGCCUGGGAGCCAGCUUGACAGCAUGCUGGGGAGCCUGCAGUCUGACCUGAACAAACUGGGGGUCGCCACGGUCGCCAAGGGGGUCUGCGGGGCCUGCAAGAAACCCAUCGCGGGGCAGGUCGUGACCGCCAUGGGGAAGACGUGGCACCCAGAGCACUUCGUCUGCACCCACUGCCAGGAGGAGAUCGGAUCCCGGAACUUCUUUGAGCGGGAUGGACAGCCCUACUGUGAAAAGGACUAUCACAACCUCUUCUCUCCGCGCUGCUACUACUGCAACGGGCCCAUCCUGGAUAAAGUGGUGACAGCCCUUGACCGGACGUGGCACCCCGAGCACUUCUUCUGUGCCCAGUGUGGAGCCUUCUUCGGGCCUGAAGGAUUCCACGAGAAAGACGGCAAGGCCUACUGCCGGAAGGAUUACUUUGACAUGUUCGCCCCCAAGUGUGGCGGCUGCGCCCGAGCCAUCCUGGAGAACUACAUCUCGGCCCUUAACACCCUGUGGCAUCCUGAGUGCUUUGUGUGUCGGGAAUGCUUCACACCAUUUGUCAACGGCAGCUUCUUCGAGCACGACGGGCAGCCCUACUGUGAGGUGCACUACCACGAGCGGCGGGGCUCGCUGUGCUCUGGCUGCCAGAAGCCCAUCACGGGCCGCUGCAUCACUGCCAUGGCCAAGAAGUUCCACCCGGAGCACUUUGUCUGUGCCUUCUGCCUCAAGCAGCUCAACAAGGGCACCUUCAAGGAGCAGAACGACAAGCCUUACUGUCAGAACUGCUUUGUCAAGCUCUUCUGCUAGGCGCGCUCAUCCCUUCCUCUGCCCCGCUUCCCGGCCCAGCCUCCCAACUGCUACUGUGACCCAGAGGCCUCGCUUAGGGGUGAAGGGGCAAACCCGACUGAAACUGGAACCACGUCCUUGGCUGGUGCAGGAUGGCAAGAGGGUCCUGAGGGGUCCCGCCUGCUUUUCUUAGCCCCUGCCAGAGCCUCUGGGCCUCCUUCCUCCUCCUGCAGCUCCCCCCAGGCUGCCAGCUCUUCACCCUCCCCAGAGGCAGAGGCUGGAGUGCUCCACCUGUGUCCCCACGAACCCGCCUGGCCAGGCCAGCACCCCACACUGGAGCCAUCUCUCACUCAUAUUUCGGCAGUGGAGCUGGGGGUGGGGGUGGGGAGGGCAGGCAGGGUCACGUGGGGGCCUCUUUUCAUCCAUAUCCCCACCCCACAACCUGAUUUUCCUUGUUCUGAGAGUAUUGGGGGACAGCAGCUCCCUCCAGACAAUGCCAGCAUCCACCCAUCCAUCCAUCCAUCCAAGGGUGGAAGUGUCCAAGGGGCCACGGAAGAUUCCUUGUGCGCCUCCUGCCCUUCCAGUCUCCCCAGGCCUGGGCAGCUGCCCCCCAACCCCUGAAACUUCUCUGGUUCUACUGAGAAUGGCCUCUCCAGCAAUAAUGUUUUAUAAUCACUUCCUCCUUCUCCAGGGAUGGUGUGAGGUGGGGUUUCGCCCUGUGCCUGGACACUGUACCAACUUUGAUAGAUUUCUACACUGAGGUUUGAAUUCAUAUCGUCUGAGUUGCUUUUACUUCUCUAUACAAAAAUGAUUUUGAAGAGAUUUUAAAGACGUCUCCUUUUGUA